GUAGUUAGGAAGAGCUGACUGCUAAAGAGAAAAUGGCAUCUCUAGAAAAAGUUGAUGAUGCCUCAUCACCCAUCCGAGGACCUGGAGAUGGAAUGGAAACAGAGCAGACAGCCGAAUCGGUGGAAGUAAUCGCUGGAGCCAACACUACGAGCCAUCAUAUCCACCACAGUCCACAUAAGAAGACAGUCUCUUCCCUGAGUCCCGGAGUUCUGCAGCUAGGGAAAGUACAUGCUGAUAAAUCAGUGGAGAUUGAAGCUAUUCGUAUAUUAGUCCCCAAAGCAGCUAUCACCCAUGUUGUUCCAACUAAAAAUGCUAAGGUAGCUAAAUCAGUGGGACAUAAAGGAGACACUUUCCAUCAGUCAGACGGAGCCGCGGAUCCCAAGAAAGAACAGAUAGAGCUGAAAAAUGCAAUCGAAAAGCUAAAGAAUUCGGAAAAGCGGUUGUUACAGGAUAAAGAAGGUCUCUCUAACCAGCUGCGUAUACAGACAGAGGUGAAUCGAGAGCUGAAGAAAUUACUUGUUGCUUCUGUUGGGGAUGAUCUGCAGUAUCACUUUGAACGGAUGGCUCGUGAGAAAAAUCAGCUAAUCCUAGAAAAUGAAGUCCUGGGACGGAAUAUGUCUCAGUUGUCUGAACAAUUAGAGCGCAUGUCUAUACAGUGUGAUGUGUGGCGAAGCAAGUUCCUAGCAAGCAGGGUUAUGGCUGAUGAGCUAACCAAUACCAGAGCCAUUCUUCAGCGUCAAACCAGGGAUGCGCAAAGUGCAAUCCAGGACUUGCUGAAUGAACGCGAUCAGUUCCGUCAAGAGAUGAUCAAUACACAGAAGCUGCUGGAGGAGCUGAUGGUUUCUCUUCAAUGGGGGAGACAACAGACAUACUAUCCCAGUACCCAACCUUACACUACAACAGAGCUAGCAGCUGUGAAUUGUAAGCUAGCCAAAGCUGUAAGCUCGCAUCUUCUUGGAAAUACUGGCACUAACAGUCCAAAAAAGGCUUCAACAGCUGUGGAGUUUUGCAAUACCCCUGCUGAGAAAAUGGCUGAAAUGGUGCUACGUGUACUGGAUCCAGCUGCACGUACAGAAACAUCAACAGAAGUUUCUUUUUCUGAGACUUCUCCAUCCUCCUUCCUUUCCACAAAGAAGAAUAUCGGAAGGUUUCACCCAUAUACAAGAUACGAAGAUGUAACUUUCAAUUGUUGCAACCACUGUCAAGGAGAGCUGAUAGCCCUCUAAAAACAUAGCAAAUGCAACUGCAUCUGCACUCUUUCUGAAGAAUUACAGUAGUUGAUGUU